CGUGCGCUCUAACAUCUCUCUCUCCCCACCCGGGUUUGACCUACAGCCGCCCGGGAGAAGAUGUCCGGUCCAGGAGCUUCCGGGCUGUACCGGCAGGUGCGAUGCUUCAGUACAUCUGUGGUCAGGCCAUUUGCCAAGCUUGUGAGGCCACCUGUGCAGGUUUAUGGCAUUGAAGGUCGCUAUGCCACAGCUCUCUAUUCCGCUGCAUCUAAGCAGAAUAAACUGGAUCAAGUGGAAAAGGAGUUGCUCCGAGUAGCACAACUCCUGAAGGACCCCAAGGUGGCCACGUCUGUUCUGAAUCCCUAUAUUAAGCGUUCCAUUAAAGUGAAAAGCCUGAAUGACAUCACUGCGAAAGAGAGAUUUUCCCCCCUUACAUCCAACCUGAUGAAUUUGCUUGCUGAAAACGGUCGCCUGGAAAAUGCCCGGGGAGUCAUUUCUGCCUUCUCUACCAUCAUGAGCGUCCACCGCGGAGAGGUGCCCUGCACAGUGACCACUGCAUCUCCUUUAGAUCAAGCUGCUCUCUCUGAAUUAACAGCAGUCCUGAAGAGCUUCCUAGGUCGGGGCCAAGUAUUGAAACUAGAGGUUAAGACUGAUCCCUCAAUCAUGGGUGGAAUGAUUGUCCGCAUUGGGGAGAAAUAUGUCGAUAUGUCUGCAAAAAGCAAGAUUCAGAAGCUGAGCAGGGCAAUGCGGGAGACGAUCUGAAAAGUGCUGACUUCCUGUCAUCAGUGUAAACCCUUAAACUUGGAGCUACAGUAAAGUGCUUCCUGAACA